CAGAAUCGCUCGGUUUUAUCCAGGCAUCCUCCAAGAUGAAAAUCCACGUUUAAACAAAUCAAGUAAGUUUAUACGGAAAAUGUGUUUUAGUUAAACUCGGUUGCACAGGGAAGUACUGAACUGAUAGGAUACAGUCCGAAAGGGGGUUGUUUGGAUUAAUCAGCAGUCGAAAAGGGAAAAUCGCAUGAAGAAACCUGAUAUUGAUCUCUGAAAGUUGUGAAUAAAAAAUACUAAAUUUCUAUUGAAAAGUUGCAAUAAGUGGCUAGAUUGGUGUUACUCUGAAGGAAAAUGAAUCGUUUUGGGGGUAUUAAGUUGCCGCCUCUGAGUGCAGCCGUAAACGUUGCUAGUCAGAUAAAAAGGCAAAUUUUGCCCUCUUCUACUCCCGCUGAGAGGCCUAGCCAGAUAGGACAUGGACAUGGACAUGGGGAGCGAGUGCAUUUCGCUCAGCUCCCGAACCAAAACCACACAACACACGGAGGCACCAUCAAUGAACACCACGAAAUGUCAAACAUGCAAUCCAGCACCAAUCCCUUUGGUUCUUCAAAUCCCAACAACCCCUUUUUGCAAAAUCAAAUGGAGGCUGGAGAACCUGGAGGAUUUCAACAGGAGAGUGAUUUCAAUAAUGCCCAAGGAGGAAUCAUCAAGCAGUCAAGCAAAAUGUCAUCAGUGGAUUUCUCAGAAGGAAGCGAUUUUGUUGAAGGAAAAAGUGAUGUAAAAAUUAACGAAUAUCAAGCCGCUUGGAAUGUGACCAACGCUAUUCAAGGAAUGUUUAUUGUAUCCCUUCCAUUUGCAGUACAAAUUGGAGGGUAUUGGGCAAUCGCAGCCAUGAUUCUCGUGGCUCAAAUUUGCUGCUAUACCGGAAAAAUACUAGUAGAUUGCCUUUAUGAAAUUGACUUGCAAACUGGAAGACGGAUACGUGUGAGAGACUCUUACGUGGCCAUUGCCAAAGAGUGCUUCGGCAAAAAUUAUGGUGCUAAAAUAGUAAGCAUUGCUCAAAUAAUAGAACUGCUAAUGACCUGCAUUCUUUACGUGGUGGUUUGCGGAGAUCUAAUGAUUGGAACAUUUCCCGAAGGAGCAAUUGACACACGAUCCUGGAUGAUGCUAAUCGGCAUUUUUCUGCUUCCAUUAGGUAAGUAGUAAUCAUUUUCUUAAGAGUGUGCGAAAUUCCAGGAUAUUCGCUCAUUUAAAAGGCAACUUUCACAGCGAUUAUUAG